AACGUUUGUAAGAUUUUACCCCUGUCAAAUGUUUACAAUUAUUAAUUAAAUUCGAUUUUGACUUGCAAUAAAAAUUGAAUUAAUUCAAAGAAAAUAAGAUGCUGCUGCUAAUCAGUUCAAUUUGCUUUUUAAUGACAUUCAUUCAACGAAUAGUUGAUUUGAUCCUUCCACGAAUAUCAUUUGCUAGCGCAGCUGAAAGACGACUAGAAAAAGACUUAAUGGACAUGAAGCAACAGCAAAUCAAAUUAUCACCACGAGACGAUUAUACAGCGUUCGUGCGUCUAGAUCGGAAGAUAAACGAAACGCAAGCCUAUCUUUUAGACCGUAAAACGAAAUUAGCAAAUAAAAAAUUAGUCUUAAAAUAUGGCCUGUCCUAUGCAACGUAUGGUGUGUUAACAUUUGUUCUAAUUGUCAUAUCGUUCCUGUAUCGAACGACACCAGUCAUUGUGUUUGAUAGCAGAUUCGACUUUACACCAUUCGGAUUCAUUAUGAGAUUUCCCACGGGAAUCUCUGGAGCUGUGUCGAUACCGUUUUGGAUUUUUGUAAAUAGUUUUGUAUCGAAGAACAUUGCAUCCUAUUUUUGAAGAAUAACAAAUUUUAUUGUACAAACG